AUGGUUAAUGAAAAUACACCAUCUUCUUCACAACCUACAGGUAAACAUAAAAAAAUGUGCCAAGAGAUUCUGGAUGACAUUGCCGCUGAGCCUUUUGAAUUAACUAAAAGUAAAAAAUGUCCUUAUUGUGGUGCCCUCAAAUUUCAAUACGAAACAAAAGCAUCAGAAAAUUUACAGCUAUAUUUUCAUGAUACCGAGCAUGAAAUUGCCAACCGAUUUAAAGCAUGCCCUAGAAUAUCUGAGUCUAUAAUUGAAAAGACUGUUCCUGAAGUUGAUCAAAGAGUUUACAACAAACCACAAACUUCUCAAGUGACAAUGUCGAGGAUAUAUCUACCGAUUAAAGAGAUUACAGAAGCCACCAACAACUGGACUGCACUUAUCCAAGUUGUUGAGAGGCCACCCAUUCACCAAAGCAAAAAUGAUUCGACAAUGCAUUAUCGCAGAUACUUAUUCACAGAUGAAGAGGGCACAAAAGUAGCUGCCGUUGUUUACAACAAUGUCAUUGACGAAUUUACGCAACCGUUGCUCAUGCCAUACAAAAGAUAUUAUGUUUCCGGAGCAAAAGUACGUCCAGAGAUACCACUGUAUCAGGUUGGUGAUUACAAGUACAAAUGGACUCUGGUUAAAGGUACCAAUGUUGAAGACUAUGAAGAACCCAUGCCUCCACAACUUCCGUGCUCAAUUGAAAUUCAUCAAUUUGCAAAUUUACACAAAUAUGCAGAUACGGAGAAUCCCAGAAACUUGCUUGCAGUUAUUGUUCAUGCUUUUCCAAAAAGGACUGUUGGUACUAACACAACACGUGAAGUGAUCGUCAUCAACGAAGAAAUGAAACCAAUGAUUCUUACACUAUGGAAUCAGUUCGAGAAAGAUGAUGAUAAAAUUGAAAGGCUUAAGUCUAUAUACUCUCAAUAUCUGCUUCAGACGAAGACUUGUUGGGUCAGCGGAAAAAUGAAGCUCGCAAGCGACGCCAAAUCCUUAUGGGCAGCCACGUGCGGCAACUGCCGCAAGAAUUACAAUAUGCCACCAAACACAGCAAUGAAAUGUCGAAGCUGCCAGGCAGAUACUUACGUUGAAGCAAGGUGUCGGAUUCCAAUGGCAAUUAAAGAUGAAACAGGAACAAUAUAUGCAAUAAUCUAUGGGACUGAUGCAGAAAGAAUUAUCCCGUUCAGCGGGAAUGAUUUGUAUGAAGCAGAGAAAAAUGGCCAAAACAUAAAAGGUGAAAUUGAAGCAGUGAUAGAAAAGCACAGCGUUGUCUGUUUCAUUAAGUAUACUGAGUCUGGUUAUCAUACAAUUCUAAAGCUUUAUACCGCUGACCACAUGAACACCGAGAAGAAUAUGCAUGAAGAACAACUCUCCAAAAAAGACACAGCCAGUUCAUCAUCAGCCAAGGUUGUCGAAAAACAACUCUUCACCCCAACACUCAAAAAUGUGCUCCAGUCCGUUGCCAUGAAAAUUGAGAAAGAUCCAACCAUCGGAAGUUCAGAACCACUUGUUAAAAAGCGCAUCUACUUUGAAACCCAACCAAUAGCCUCCUCCUCAAUCACAACUGCCACACCAUCAAAACAAGCUUCACCAAAACCAAGUCAGUUCAAUCUUGAAACACAUAAAGAUCUACCUGCCAGCCCUUCAAAGAAAAGUCGACCCAAAAUGGAUUGACGCCUCGACACCUACAGCUUUUGACUUUUGGCUCGACACAUCAAGCUUUUGACUUUUGAACUAGAAAAACAUGAAGAAUGGAUGCUUCUUUUGCGUACAAAUUUGAAAUUUGCAAGGUUAAAAAAACCUACCUAAAAACUGAUACUUUGUAGUCAAAUCCUUAACAGAAUUAAAUGCAUCUAUUUACAUAUAGAUGCUUUUCGAUUCUGUAGAAGGAAAAUACUCAAUGUGUUAUGCCCAUGACUAUGCUUUUGUGUAUUGUAUCUUUUGAUCAUCCAAUU